CCUCGCAACAUAAUAAACCCAACGCGUGUUUACGGAAUUUAAAUUGAAAAGGAGAGUUUUGGAGGAAAUCGAAGGUUUUCAGUGAAGAGCGGAGGGAUGACGUUCCCCGUGGAUCUCCUGGCUGAUGUUAGCCAGGCAGAGCUGGAGCAGGUGGCCCACGACUACAUGCACGACCUCCUCUUCAGCAACCCUGAUAAUCCUGAACAUCUCACCCUCUCCGACUCCACCCAGGUCACCAUAAGCAGUACCAGUGUGGGCUUAGUCCCUCUGUAUGGAUCCAGUGAUAAAGAGAAGAUCCUGGCCCUCUUCUCUCCCAGUGACCCACUGACCGCUGUGGCUCUGUACCUGCUGGGCCAGUGGUGGACAGUGGACGACAUUCUCAAGACGGCGGACAUUGCUCGAGAUGGAGCUGUGGAGGUGCAGACAGUAGGAGAGAGAAUAGUUUUAUACAUCCUUAAUCGUGUCAUCUAUAGAGCCAAAGAGAUGAGCUCUGCCGAGCUUCCCUUCCUCUGCCAUGGAGAGAACGAUUACGCAAAAAUCCUCUGGAAUAAUGGAGAGGCUGUUGGCUUCUACUCAGCCAAGCCCUCGGGCAGCUUAUGCAGUUCUUAUUCAACCAGACGCUAUCAGCUCCCUGUGAUGGACUCCUUGUUUGUCAGGAAAUGUCAGCGUGGUAAAGGCUUUGGCCUCCAGAUGCUGAAGGACUUUGUGCUCAGCUUCAAAGAAGACAAUUUGGGGUUGAGGUACCCCCUCACAAAAUCCAUGUAUAAAGUGUGUGAGAAGUACCUGUCUCAGUACCCAGGAGACACAGACCUGCUGUGGGAGGUAGAGAGUAUAGGUGGGCCCAACCAGAGGACCAAUAUCUCCAGCAAGAUCCAGGCCAUGGGUCUGAGCGCAGUGUCCAAGAGUCUCUCAUUCACAGAGGAAUCGCUUGUGAUUACUGAGGUGACUGAAAAGGAUGUGGUGAUGGAGGCAGUGACCACACAAAUAAAAGAAACUGAAUCGAUGGAAUGCACAGUUGAAAUUGUGGAGGAAGUGACAGUACUGAGAGCUACCAAAGAGGCUGAAUUGCCUGUUGCAGCACGGGGUAGGAGUGGUGGCUCAAAUCGAAUGAACACGGGUGAAAAGAUCACAGAGGACAAGUCAGAAAAAGUUAUCAGAAUUGAGGAUAUUGAAGCAGAAACCCCCAGAGAGGAACAAGUUUCUGCACAACAGAAGACAGAAGUACAUGUCUCUGAAUUGGUGCAGACUGAGGUCGUGUUCAGUGUGGCCCAUGAAGGAAACGAAGAGAAUGUAGCUGAUGCUGCAUCUAAAGAGGAAGCAGCUAUGAUGUCGGACAAACCAGCCACAGUGCUAGUCACACAAGAACUAGAAGAAGUGGAUGUCACAUCAGCACCUACCCCUGAAGAGCCACAAGUAGAUGAUGAUGUCAUGCAGGAUCUGAACGCCACCUCCCAUGACUCAGGGAUAACAGUUGAGAAUGUGGCAUCAGAAAUUGAGGAAGCAGAGGAAGAGUGUCAGGUGGAAGACACCGCAGUGCUGGUAGUUUCUGAAGAAGUGUUAGAGGUACACAAGGAGGCAGAAACUCUGAACAAAAUGGAAGAGGGGACUCAAAUUGAGCACGCUGAUGAAAAAUCAGAAGAAAUAGUUCCACAACAUGAGUUAAGUCUGUCAACACAUGCAACAUCACAGGAUGGUGAGGCUGGAAAAACAGGAAGAACUGUUGUAAAGGCCAUAAAAACUAUACAGAGUGAAACCCCCAGGCGGAGAUCUGAGCGACACAGAAAGCCAGAGGAGGGGGCCAAAGAGGAAACGCCAGCCCAGGAUGGACGUAGAGUUCUGAGAAGAAGAACUGUUACGAGCACCCCCACACCCAAACGCAAAUAUACACGCAACACCCAGAGAGUUUAUGAAGAAUUAGAGAAAGAGGUUGAUGAAAUGGCAGAGGAGGACGAAGUUGCUACAGAUGAAAUAGUGGAGGAAUUUGAAGAAGAAGAAGAAAAACAACACCUGGAAGAUGAACAGCUACCAAGUGAAGAGGAGACAGCGAAACAAGAGGAGCCUGAAGCCGAAGACACUGCACUGAGGGAGAAUUCAGCAGAGACUCUUACAGAAGAAAAGGUAACAGAAGAAUCUGAGAAAGAACAGAAGGGUGAGGAGGUGAUGCAGGAUAAACAAGAGGUGUCUGAUGAUGAGAUAGAGGAGCCCCCUGUUGUACAGAAGAGAGCUCUGAGAGGCAGGCGUAAAGUCACUCCUAAGCCAACAAAACAAAGCGAAAUCCAUCAGAAACAAGAGGAGGAGCACACAGAUGAUGCUGGCCUGGGAGCAGGAGAUUCUACUAGUGAAGAGAAAGCAGAUGAAAAAGCAGCAGACAAAGAGAUGGGGGAACAGCACAAGGCGGGACAAGAGGUGACUGACGAGAAAACAGAAGAUGAGCUAUCAAUUCCAGAGCCAGAGGGUGGUGCACUUUUGCCUGAGGUGAACGUGGAGGAGUGCAUGGAAGUCCAGGAAGACAAGGAGACUGGGGGAGAGACAGAGGAAGUAUCAGUGAUGAAAGCAGAUAAGGAAGAAGAAGCAGAUGACAUGAUACGAGAGCCUGACAGUGUUGCUGCUACUUCAACAGAAAUACCUGAUGAAAGUCAAGAUCAGGCUGUCUUGCCAAUGGCUGAAGAUCCUCAGGAAAAGGACACUGGCUCUGAAAUCUCCAAACUCCAGGAAGCCACUGUCGUCUUGGUGGACCUAAAAACAACCUGUGAUGAUGUAAGUAUGAAGGAGGCAGAAGAAACACCAGCUGAUGGGGAGUGUGCUGCUCCAGAAGGGGAACAGGUGGAGCUGAUAGCAGAAGAAGAGAAGGAUGUUUCCAGCUGUGUUGCUGAAGAACAAACACCAGAGCCAGAAAUGCUGGUGUUGGAAGAGGAGGAUGGAGGGAAACAGGAAAACAGUACAGAAAAAUCUGUAGAUGCAGCUGCAGAGGAAGAGACUGUUGAGAUGGAAGAGCUUGAAGCAGACAGUUGUGAUAAAGAAAAGGAAGAAUCUGCCAAUGUGGAAGGGGAAAAGGGUGAAGCAGAGGAAGUACCAUUUAUUGAAACAAGAGUUCUUAGAAGUGGAAGAAAGAUGAGACGGCUUAUGAGACAAGAGGAAGACAACAUAGAUGAGGUUAUUACUGAAAAGAAGGUGGAUAAAGCAGAAACAGGCACUGUUGAGGUCGAAGGAGAAGUGGAUGCUGUGGCAAAGGAUGCCGUCACAGUAACAGUUUCAGUGGAGGAGUCUGCAGUUUCAGAGAUAUGUGCAGAUACAAAGCAAGACAUCUCAGUUGUGGAUGAUGCUGAAGAGAAUCCUCCGUCAGUCGAGUCAGAUGAGGCCAUGAGCUUGGAAGAGGAAGAAGCAGUAGUCAAAACCAGAGCUUUGAGACGUGGACCAAAGACAGUCACAGCAACACCAAGACACAAAAAAACAAGAGGCAGAAAGCAAGUGAGUGAACACGAAGCAGAAGACAGUGAAGAAGAAGAACCAGCAGUGACAACAAGAACACUGAGACGGGGGAGGAUGUCUGCCUCUGCCACACCGACAGGCAAACCCAGACAAACCCGUAAACAAAUCCAGGAACAAGAGCAAAAGGGAGCAGAGGAAUCUGAAAGUGUGGAGGAAACAGGAGAAGAAGAAGAGGCAGUUAAGGAAGCAGUUGUAGAAAAGACAGAUAAAGAGAGAGAGGAACAAACUGAGGAGAAGAGGAAGGAAGAGGAAGAUGCCUCUGAAAGAGAAGAAAGUUUAGAGCCAGAAAUAGAUGUGGAGGAAGGGAAAGCUGUGGUGGAGGAAGAUGCAGUGGAAGAGCAGUCAGAAGCGACAUCCAAGACAUUUGCAGAAAGGGAGGAAGAGGCCUCAGGUGAAGAAUGUGAUGAAGGGAAGCCAGCCAUGGGAGGUGAGGAAGUGGAACUACCACCAGUUGCUGUAACUAGAAGUCUGAGAAGUGGAGGAAAGACACCCAGAGCUCCACCUAAAAGCAGAAGAGGAAGGAGAAACCGUACACAACUCCAGAAAACGGAAGAGGGAGCACAGGAAUCAGCUGAGGAAGCAGAGGUAGAGGAGGAAGAAGCAGGGCUGGUAUCAACUGAAGAGCCACCAAAAGAAGGGGAUGAGGGGAAAGCCUCAGGGGAGGAUGAAAUGGAGGUGGAGAAGGAGGAAGCUGUUACUGUAGAGAUGGAAAGAGGAGUGUCAGAAGAAGGAACCAUGACAGUAACUGAAGAGGAGGAGAACACAGCUGGAGUGACAGCUGCUGAAGAUGAUUUAGUACAAGAAGGAGAGACUGAAACACCACCACCCAAACCUGCCACUGACUCAGCUAUACUUACACCUAGUGAACCGGAGGCAGCAGCUUCAGCAGAGGAGCAGCAGAGCGAGAAAAUGGUACCUCAGCUUUCUGAUCUUCAAAGAGUGACUGUGGUUUUAGUGGACCUGAAAAAAACCCAUCAUGAAGUCCUGGAAGAAACAGCAGCUGUUGAGGAGGAUGUUUCUAUAGAAAAGACUGCUACUGAGGUAGAAGAAGAGCAGAGCCAAGAAACGGUGAAAGAGGAAGAAACCAUCGCAGAGGAGGAUGUCCCUGGAUCCCCUGUUGGAAUAGAAAAAACUGAGCCGGAUAGUGUGGCAGUUGAAGAGGAAGGGAUGGAGGAGAAAGUGGAAGAUGCAGUCACAAUACAAGGUACAGGGGAGGGGAAAGGUGAGGAGACAGCUGAAGAAGAUGAAGCUAAAGGUGUUGAUGAGCAGAAGGAGGAGGAGGAGGAGGAACCUACCACCGAAACCAGAACGCGGACACGUAGAAAGCAAGUAGUCAAAGCCACACUUAGACGCAAAAUGGCCAGAGGCAGGCAGAAAAAGGGUGAAGAAGAAAAGGAAGAAAGUUCAGAAAAUACAGAAGAGGAACCAGCAGUUCAAGUCAGAGUUCUGAGGAGGGGAAGGAAGUCUAUCCCUGUCGGACAGAGAUGUACAACAAAAGCAACACACAAGCAACUCCAGGAAGAGGUAGAGGAAGCAGAUUCUGGGGCAGAUGAAGCUGAUGCUUUAGAGGAGGGACAGGCAGGCAGUACUGAGACACCUGCAGAUGAGGAUGCAGAAGCUCCAACUGGACAAAGUGCUGAUGAAGGAAAGAUCUCGGAUGAUACAGAGGAAGCAGCCACAACACAAACUACAGUGGAGGGGGAACAGUCAGCCUCCACAUCUGCAGCUGGAGAAAGUGCACAAGAGACACUGCUGACAGCUAAGGAUGACGAGGCAAAAGACGUUUCAGAGGAGGAUGAAGCACCAGUUAUUGAAACAAGAGUUCUGAGGAAGGGAAGAAGGUCUGCUGCUUCCACACCGAGACGAAAAUCCAAAAGAGCCCGCAUGCAGUGUGAGACAGAGGAAGAGGAAGAAGAUCAAGCUACUCCAGCUGAAGAGAUGCAAGUGGAGGAAACCAAAGCAGUGCCGGACGAAGCCAAAGAAAAAGAGGAAGACCAAGAUGAGAAGAUUGAGGAAGCUGCAGCCCAGGAAGGAGAGGCUGCAGAGCCGGAUGUUGUGGCAGAGGAAUCGCUCACAGAGCUACAGACAGUGGAAGAGGAACCGUCUGCUGUUUCAGAGACUCCUGCUGGGGGAGGUACUGCAGAGACACCUAACACAGAUGAUGGAGAGGUUCCUGAUGAGGAAGAAGCACCAGUUGUUGAAACAAGAGUUCUCAGAAGUGGUGGGAAGGCAGUGAAAGCCACACCGAGAUCCAAAUCCACAAAGAGCCAAGAGCAGGCAAAUGAACCAGAGGGUGCAGUGGUGGAAGACAGUGCUGAUACAGAUGAGCCAGCAGGAGGAACAAGAGCUCCGAGGAAGGGGAGGAGGUCUGCUUCUGCCACACCUAGUCGUAAAUCCAAGAGGGCCCGCAGGCAGUGUGAGACAGAAGAGGAUGGAGAAGAAGAGCCUACACCUGCUGAAGAGACUGAAGGAGAGGAAGAAGAAACAGCUGUGGACGAGACUCGCGCUGACACAGUCAAAGUAGAAGAGACACUCUCAGCUGAGGAAGAGGAAACCACAGUCCUAGGAACCUCUACUGCUGCUACACAAGUGGGAUCUGACUCUGCUGUUGCUGAAGAUGAGUUACUAGUUGAAGAUGAGUCUGUGGUGAGAGAGGAGGAAGCUGUGACAACAAGAACACUGAGUAGCAAAACAAAAACUUCCCAUGCCACACCUCCACGAAGGUCCAGAAGACUGACAGACCAAGAAGACGUGGAGAGUCGGCAGCAGCAGUAUGAGGAACCAGAAGAAGUCCACCAAGUGACUGAUGAGUCACCUGAAAACGGAGAGCUAAAUGCUGAGGAAGAAGCAGAAACUGAUGAAGCACCACCUGCUGGACAGGAGGCAGGGUCCCCAGCUGAAGUCACCGCAGAGGACCAGGCUCAGGAGGCAGCCGAUCUGACAGGAGACAGAGUGGAUGAGCCGGUAGAGCCAGCUGGUGAGGAACCAGCAACAGAAGAGAUGGAAUCACCAGAGGAAGAGCCAUCAGAAAGUAAAGAAGAGGAAACUGUGAAAUCCUCAGUAGCAGAGGGCAGAAGUCUCAGAAGGAGGGCAAAAGCUGUCGUAGACAAAGCAGAAGAAAUCCAAAAUCCAAGCCGAAGAUCCGUACGGAAAAGACCAAGAGUAGAUUAUAAGGAAGAUGUGGAGGAAGAUGAGGGAGUUGAGUCUGAGGCAGCCACCGACAAGGAGGAAGAGGAUGGAGUGAAAUCAGAUGAGGACAGAGUCAACAUAAAAGCUGAAAACUCUGCAGAUGAACCGGAGCUAAAGGGAGCUGUUGUGAGCACUAGUGAAAAUGGGACUCUCCUAACUUUAGCCCUAGAUUCAGAUGAAGAGGUACAGACAGCUGGUUUGAGUCAGGAGGAUGAGGAAGAUGAGCAGAAUAUGUCAGAGGAAGAGGCAGAGCCUGUAGUGAUUGGAAGGAGGGUUUUAAGAGGGCGGUCGAUUCCUUCGCUAGUAAUAACACCCCUGUCGAAAUCCAGACGCCGCAGCGCUCGCCUUCCAAAACCAGAGGAAUCUUUCUCUGAGGAAGAAAAGAGCCCGGAAACAGCUCAGAGGAGAAGUCCCCGCAAGAGAAGAGGCACCGAGGUAACACCGACCCGCAAAUCUAAGCGUCACAGCAGAGUGUAGGAUGUUCUCCAUACUGUGACCGACGCUGACACAAAAUGCAUAAAGUAGUGUGCAGUCGCCAAACUGGGAAAAUGCAACAAAAAACCCUUCCAAUGCUUCAUGUCGGGGUGUGUCUGUAGUGUGCAGGCUCACAAUGUAGACUGACAAACUACGGUAUGUUUCUCAUCCUGAUUUAAAGCGAGACUAUAGAGCUUUUGAAAGAAGGAAUCCCACAUUGUUGCUCUUGAAAUGUUUCUUACUGAACAUUAGACCCCAGCCUCUCUGUAUUCAGCACACUGCCCUGCCUUACCUGGCAUGAGAUAUUUCAGAUAUUAAGUAAGCUCACUGACUCUUCUCCACUGUAACACUACUUUAUGCAUUUCCCAUGAUCUUGUAACCUGUGAUAGACCUGUCUACUUGCCCAGUGUGAGCUGGGACAGGCUCGAGCUUCACAUGAUCCUACCAAAGAUAAGUAGCUGAUGAAUAGCAUUAUCCUGCUACUGUUGCUUGUGACCACAGGGGCCGCUGUGAGACAGUUGCAUAGCCAAGCUUUAAAUCCACCAUAUCCACAAUUCUAACAUUAAACCUUGAGCUUUGGCUGCAAGCCCCAUUCACAGCUGAACCUGUUCUCACCAGGAUUGACUACUUUGUCCACAAACAGCUAUGCCAUCAUUUCAAAGGCUCUACAGUGACUUACACGUUCUACACAAAGUGGCUUUAAAAGAGCUUAGAACUGGAACAAACCCAGAAUAUUCACACACCUGUCGCAGGUGUGCUCUGAAAACUCCUGUAAAUGCUGCACCACCAUCAGGUGCUGUGAUUCUGUGAUGAUCUAUGACGGCGCAGCAUGGGCCAAAAAACACAGCCAACAGGCUGAACAGUCGCCCAGCGAACAGGUUCAAUCUGAUUCCACUUUUGCUGCAGCACAUUCCUUAUCAGCUUGUCGAGAUGGAAGAUAACACGAUUGCCUCGUAGAAACCUUUCCAGAGUUCUGUUAUUUUAUUCUAAACAUCUGAUAUCUGAUGAUCCUCAUCUGUCGACCUUCUGUAGAACUGUACUGUAGUCCUCAUUACUGGAAGACAAGGAUGUGAGGCUGCAGAGGUUCUACGGAGGUUAAGAUCUUUAUAAUAUUUAGACAUGUUGAAGGCAGCAGUGUGCCACAGCUGUAUUAGGUCUACCCAAACCUAAGAAACAUGUUAUAAGGCUGCACAUUUUAUUUGAAAAAACAUGCAGGCUUGAGCAAAAGCAGAGUUCAUUGAAGCCUGAACACAAAUCUAAUAUGGCAACAUUUGAUUGCUUUUGAUUGUUUAUGAAAAAGCCAUAAUUUCCAUUUUAGUAAGAAUUCUUACAAAUAAUGACUCAGUAUUUUUAUAUUGUAAAUAAUUUCUUAUAUUUCAUUGAUUCAAAAAUGUGAAUGUCUAGCUUACAUUGUGUAAUGUAGUGACUGAAUAUAAUGUUUUCAGUCUCUCUGCGUUUGAGAUAUGAUUCUGUCGACAAAUCUCUCAACUGUAGGUUGUCGUUUUUUACUCAGAAAUAUGCAACAGCAUCCAAUUGGAACUGUGUAAACAAAUAAAUUGGUCGUAUUUAAUUUCAUAGAAAUGCCCAAACAAAUUUUUCCUCUAGGAAGGAUCCAGAAACUUUACAUGUUUGUGUGUUUUAGAAUUUGUGUGCUUUGAUAAAAAUGUAUCACCAAAACAUGUUCUUGAUUUGCAAAUAUCAGCAGAACUCAGGUCUGAAUAUUAAAAAGUUAUUUUUUGAUAUCUAUUUUACAUGUAGAGAUUUUAACAUGGAGACCCCUGGAUGUAAGCCAUGUUACCCCCUCACAUGCGUUGAACUAGCUUUGUGAACUUCAGCAUUGUACCCCAUACAGAGGACAGUUUUCUCAAGUCAUCAUGUAACCAACGUCCUCACUCAUGUCAAUGUUGUUUUUAAUAAUGUGAUAUUAUUUAGUCACCAUUAUAUAUUGUGUCAUCAGCAAGUCUUCAUUUUGUUGUUUGUAUCAUUUGGUACUUGGAACCAUCAUUUAUUUAGCUGUGUGAUGUCAAACUGAUCUUUUACAAAUGUAUUUGUCAUUUAAAGUCAUUCAUUACAUUUAUUUCUCUUUUAAUAAUGUUUUAUGUGGACUAACCUUUCUCUGUAAAGUAACUGAAAUUCCUAUUUUUUUUGUGACAAAUAAAGAUUUUCGAAGAUGGUA